CGUUCAGCGCCUCGACCAAUCAGAGCGCGGUUUCCUCAACGGCUGUCCAAUCACGGGAAGCGCUGUUAGACGUUGAUUAUCGAAACCAACAUGGCAGCUUGCUACCGCUGCACACUAUGCAAAGGUUGUUGUUAAUUUGAAAGGUUGUCACAGAAAUACUGUCAACAUGCUAAGCCUGACAAUAAGGGAGGUGUCUUUGGCACUCAGGGAGGGAAAGAUCUCCCCAACAGAGCUUUGUAGGACGUGUCUGAACCACAUCAAGAAAACUCAACAUCUUAACGCUUACAUCACUGUGACAGAGGAGUUGGCACUGAAGCAGGCUCAAGAAGCAGAAACCAGACUGCUGCAAGGUGCCCCCAGAGGUCCUCUGGAUGGAAUCCCCUUUGCUGUCAAGGAUAACUUCUGCACAGAGAAUAUCAAGACCACAUGUGCUUCCAAGAUGCUCAGAGACUACACUCCACCAUACAAUGCUACAGUGGUCCAGAAGCUCAUGGACCAAGGGGCUGUUCUGGUCGGGAAGACGAACAUGGAUGAGUUUGCUAUGGGUGCAGGAAGUACUGAUGGGGCUUUCGGUCCAGUAAGGAACCCCUGGAGCUAUGCUGCUCCCUACAGAGAGCAGACAGGGGCAGCACCAGACUCUGACUGGGUCAUCGCUGGAGGAAGUUCAGGAGGAAGUGCAGCAGCUGUGGCCUCACUCACCAGCUACCUGGCUUUGGGUUCAGACACAGGUGGUUCUACUCGUAACCCAGGAGCACUGUGUGGUAUUGUGGCCCUGAAGCCGACCUACGGUCUGCUGUCCAGAUAUGGUCUCAUCCCUCUGGUCAACUCCAUGGACGUCCCCGGCAUUAUGACCCGCAGUGUCAGUGAUGUAGCCAUCGUCUUAGGUAUCCUCCAAGACCUUGAUAUUAAAGACUCAACAACAAUUCCUGCCCCUUCAACCCUGACAGACCUACCUGAAAACUUUGAUGUCAAGAACAUCUCUAUAGGCAUCCCUAAGGAGUACCACGCCCCAGGGCUGUCUGAGGAGACUUUAGCUCAGUGGAGUCGCGUUGCUGACAUGUUUGAGAGAGCAGGGGCGAGGGUGGAGCAAGUAUCCCUCCCCCACACCCAAUACUCCAUUGUGUGCUACCACGUCCUGUGCCAUGCGGAAGUGGCGUCUAAUAUGGCCCGUUUUGACGGCCUUGAAUAUGGCCACCGUAGUGAGGUGAACAGCUCAACAGAGGCCAUGUAUGCUUCAACCCGACAUGAGGGUUUCAACGACGUAGUGAGAGGGAGGAUACUGUCUGGGAACUAUUUCUUGCUUAAACAGAACUACCAGCAUUAUUUUGUGAAGGCCCAGAAAGUCCGCCGGCUGAUAACGGACGAUUUCAAGCAUGUGUUCAGCUCAGGUGUUGAUGUGCUGCUGACACCCACCACUCUGACUGAUGCAGCCCAUUACUCCGACUUCACACAGGAAGACAACCGAACACGCAGUGCGCAGGAAGACAUCUUCACCCAGCCUGUCAACAUGGCAGGUCUCCCUGCUGUUUCAGUGCCAACUGCAUUAUCAAGACGAGGCCUUCCCAUCGGCUUACAACUCAUAGGUCCUGCUGUCCAAGAGAAGAAGUUGCUCAGUGUUGCCCAAUGGAUUGAGCAGAGGGUUGGGUUUCCCUCCAUAAGUGACUAUGGAGACUUCAGCGAAAACAGAAUGACCAAAAGGUAGCAGAUAUCAGCUGUAUGAAGAGAACUGUGGAUACAAGGAACAAACUGUUGACAAAGUCACUAUUUACAGGCACACAUAAUGGACUUAAACUUUAACCAUUGUGGACAUUCUUUGCUUCUAAGAUGCUUUAGGGUGUUUUCAGUUGGGUAAUUUCCAUCUGUCACAUGCUACAGUAGCUUGAAGUUUCCUUGAUGGAAUAAAAUUACAGUAUCUGAAAACCUCACUAUUGUACAACAUGGAUCAAACUUUAAGUAGAGGGACAUUGUGUUUAACCUGUCAAAUGCUGCUGUAUUUGUUGUCUGAAGGUGCUACUAAUUGCUAUUAAAUAAAUGAAAGUUGGGUGAUUUACUUUGA